UAUCAUCAACUUGUAUCAUAUAUCAUUCCAAUAUUAUGGAGCUAUCGGAACCAUAGUGUGUAUCAUCACAGCAAUGAUCGUCAGUUAUAUAACAGGUUUUCAGGAUCCUGAUUUGAUUGAUAAUCGUCUAAAGUAUCACCUGACAGACGCCCUCUUCUGUUGUUUCCCCGAAAGUCUCAAACGUCACAUGCGCUGCAGUUCUGAAAAGAUCAAAUACCAAGAGGACGAUGAUAAAGACAUAGUGAUCGUCCAGAAAGAGAUGAAAGAGGUCAACGUCAAUGGAUUCCUCAAUGAUCAUGUUGAUGAUCAGGACAUCGAUUACAAUGGCAUCAACGUGCACGCUAAACCACUCGAAGAUAGCAAUGAUGUCAUCGAGACAGAGAAAGGAAGCUCAAUGCCAUGAUAAAAUUAGCGGCAGACGUGAGGAUUCUUUCACUAAAACUCUUGGCAGUGAUUGCCACAAUUAGGUCGAUCAUAACAUAAUUCAUACCUAUUUUCUAUAUGCCUCUUUGUAAGAGUGGCCUACGUAACAUGCACGUCAGCACAUUUGUGCUUUAUGAAGUAAUAUGUAUAAAAGACUAUAUUCUAUUUCAACAAAGGUUCAUAUUUGAUGCUUCUUCUGUAACACACUUGUAUUUUGUGGUCAUUACUUAAGCCACGGCUACAAAGGUUCGUACGAACGAUGUAUUCGUAUGAAUCUCACCGUCCGUACGAAUUCUGGAGUUCGUAGACAUUCGUAGAUCAUGUAGAUGGGCCAUAGAUCAUGUAGAUUCCCACGGCCUUUUUACGAAUUAACGUACGAGUGAAGUUUGAUUCCGAAGAACCUCGUAGGGCCUUCUUGAGAAACGAAAUUGUGUUUGGUACAUUGUGUAAUUUUACAGCCCUAGAAUUCGUACGUUUUUCGUAAGAAUGCCUUGAAGCAUUCUUUUGUGAGACUUACGACCACCUUACGAUUUCUGAUUUCGCAAGAUAUUUAUUCGUGAGACUCACGGCACUCUCAGGUCAUUCGUACAAAAGAUUUUACGAAUUUGUGUAAAUUUUGUCGGAUUGUAAGGAAUACGCUACCUUGAAAUGACGAAAAUUUCUGUAAUUGUUAAAAUUUUGAAACUUUCAAAAUGGUAGUAAUGCCAAUGAGACUACAACUGCAAAAUUCUCAUGU